AUGAAUCGUGGAAACCAGAGAGAGCACAAAUGUAUCGUCGAGUUCGACGGUGCAUCCAGUGGAAAUCCUGGAAAGUCUGGUGCAGGAGCUGUACUCCGUUCUGGGAAUGAGGUCCAUCGCUUCAGUAAAGGAUUGGGCACUCAAACAAAUAAUUCUGCUGAAUAUGAAGGUUUACGUUUGGGAUUGGAAGAAGCUAGUAAAAAAGGUUAUGAUCAUGUUGAAGUCCGAGGCGAUUCUAAGCUUGUUUGCGAACAGUUUGCUGGCAAGUGGAAAGUCAACAACCCGAAUUUAAGGGAAUUGCGUAAUGAGGCUCUGGACUUGAAGAGUAACUUUAAGUCAGUCGAGGUCCAACAUGUUCCUAGGGCUUCUAACAGAGAAGCUGAUGCUCAAGCAAGUCGGGGCAAAAAUCUUCCGGCUGGCCAAGUUGAAGGAGACUAUUACUAUGACUGA